GCCCCCUGUUCGAGUCGCAUUCGGAUGUGUGGGAUGCCUUUGACGGCGGCAACCUAAGGGAGAAGCACAGUGUGGCGUGCGGCACUGGUAGCCGCAAGAUCGACUGGGAUGUCGUGUUUGACUCGAUCCUUGCCAGCCAGAACAGCGACUCGCAGGGCACACCCUUGUGCUCGCCAGGAGCCAGCAUGCAUGAGGGCGCCGGUGGCAUGUAUGAGCGGCCAGUGGGAGCGAGCAAGGCGCGGCUUGCGGGAAUGCGGCAUGCAGCUGGGGCGCCUGUGCGUCGGGCGAGCGGGACUGGCAAGUCGCCUGCUGGUGACGUUUAUUCCGCGGAUCGGUGAUUUCGGAUUAGCGACAAAAUCAACGCUGGAGAUCCGGUCGACCACCGACGAAUACGCCUUCGUCACAAACAGCCAGAGGAGCCAGGGGAGCAGCCGUGGGCGGGAGUCGCGGGCAGGGAGCUGCUUCGACGGGGACGCGGGAUGCGACGCACACGUCGAAUGUGGGGACGAUCACGUAUGCGGCGCCGGAGCAACUGACGACGCAGACCAGCGAGUACAACGAAAAGGCAGAUAUCUACUCGCUGGGGAUUAUCUUCUUUGAGCUGUAUUAUCCGUUUGCGACGGCAAUGGAGCGGAUGCUGGUGAUUAAGGAUCUG